AUGGCAACCUGGGUAUACAACUUUGGUGACGGAGAGGCGGAUGGCCGUUCGGAAAUGAAAAAUCUUCUCGGUGGAAAGGGUGCCAACCUUGCAGAGAUGGCUUCCAUCGGGCUGCCUGUGCCACCCGGGUUCACCCUCACGACCGAGGUAUGCACCCACUUCUACAAGAACGGUUGCAAGUAUCCACAGGAGCUCACUGGACAGGUCGAGAAGGCGCUGGCAUUGGUCCAGCAGCGCACCGGCCGAGUCUUUGGCGACUCCGCAAACCCGCUUCUGGUCUCCGUCCGCUCGGGGGCGCGAGCAUCCAUGCCAGGUAUGAUGGAUACGGUUCUCAACUUGGGACUGAACGAUCAGACCGUGGAGGCCUUGGCGAAGCAGUCUGGCGACCGGCGCUUUGCCUUUGACAGCUUUUCGGAGUUCAUUCAGCACGAUUUUGCAGGGUUGUGCCGCAGUUGCUGA